CUUUUUCUCCUUUCUUUAGUCUAUUUCUUAAAAUAUUAUGGUUACUGUCAAGAACAUUUGUUGUGUUGGUGCUGGUUAUGUUGGUGGUCCCACUUGUGCUGUCAUUGCUUAUAAAUGUCAUCACAUUAAGGUAACCAUUGUCGAUUUAAAUCAAGCUCGUAUAGACGCUUGGAAUUCGGAUAAACUUCCUAUUUAUGAACCUGGUUUAGAAGAAAUCGUAUUCGAACGUCGCGGUAAAAACUUGUUUUUUAGUACAAAUAUUGAUGCUGCUAUUCAAGAAGCUGAUUUGAUCUUUGUCUCUGUAAAUACUCCUACAAAGAAAACGGGUUUAGGCGCUGGUAUGGCUGCUGACCUUGCUUAUAUUGAAGGUGCAACUCGUCGUAUUGCUGAAGUAGCAAAGAGCUCAAAAAUUGUAGUAGAGAAAUCAACUGUCCCAUGUCGUACUGCAGAAAGUAUGCGUACAAUUCUCGAAGCAAAUUCUACUCAUGAUCUUCGCUUUGAUAUCUUAUCUAAUCCUGAAUUCUUGGCUGAAGGUACUGCUAUUAAGGAUCUUCUUCAUCCUGAUCGUGUCUUAAUUGGUGCUCUUCAAACCCCUGAAGGUAUUGCUGCUCAACAAGCCUUAGCUGAAGUUUAUACCAAUUGGGUUCCUAAGGAUCGUGUUAUUACUACUAAUCUUUGGUCUUCUGAACUUUCAAAGUUGGCUGCUAAUGCUAUGCUUGCUCAACGUAUUUCGUCUAUUAACGCUCUUUCUGCUAUCUGUGAAGCUACAGGGGCUGAUGUGGAUGAAGUCGCUUAUGCAUGUGGUCGUGAUAGUCGUUUAGGUUCCAAAUUCUUAAAGGCCUCUGUUGGCUUUGGUGGCUCAUGCUUUCAAAAGGAUAUCCUUAACUUGGUUUAUCUUUCUACACAACUUAACUUGCCUGAGGUAGCUGAAUACUGGAAGCAAGUUUAUACCUUGAAUGAAUACCAAAAGAAACGUUUUGUUAAAAAGAUUAUUUCAACCCUUUUUAAUACUAUUACUAAUAAGCGUAUUGCUGUCCUUGGUUUUGCUUUUAAAAAAGAUACUGGAGAUACCCGUGAAUCAGCUGCGAUUACACUAAUCAAGGACUUCAUUCAAGAGAAUGCUCAUGUUGCUAUUUAUGAUCCUAAGGUUGAACACGAACAAAUCUAUAUGGAUUUAACUGAACCUGGUAUUGUUGAUACUCGUAAACAAUUAGAAAAGAGUAUUACUAUUUGUUCAAGUGCUUAUGAAGCUACAAAAGGUGCAGAUGCUGUUGUUAUUGUUACUGAAUGGGAUGAAUUUAAAUCUGAUGUGCUUGAUUAUCAAAAAAUUUAUGACAAUAUGAAUAAGCCUGCUUUCUUAUUUGAUGGUCGUUUAAUGUUAAAUGCUGCUGAACUUCGUAAAAUUGGUUUCAAGGUUCAUAUUAUUGGUAAAACUGAGCUUGCUGGAACUGCUUAAGUCUUUAUUUUUAUCUUUAAUUUUCUAUUUCUCUUGUGCAUAACAUUUCCAAAAAGAAAAGAAAAGGAGGUAUAUGUAUAUACAUAUUGUAUGCAUGUAUGUGUGUGUAUGUGUAUAUGUAUAUCUAUAUUUUUUUUUCCUUACAAAAGAAUAAACUUUAUCAUUCAUGUAAACUACUGUAGCUUGGCUCACGCAUUUUUUUUUUUAGCCAUUUAUUAUGAAAUGAUUGUCAU